UUCUACUUUCCCAAGGCCUGAAUUUAGACUCAGAAGAAAUACUUAUUCCCUUCUUCCUUUCCCAUUCUUCCCUUCCCCUCCCUGCAACUUAGAUUCCAGACAAGGCAUUCCAGGAAGACAUUUACUUUUAACAUUAAAGUAAACAAACAUUAAUUCUGUUUUGAGACUACCGCGAUCAACCUUAAGACAACUAGAUCCUGCCAAGAUUACCACAAUCCCAGGACUUCCCGGAAAAGAGUCUAUAAGAAUUCACCAGUCUCCUGGUCUGCAGAGAAAACGCAACGAUGAGCACAGCAGGAAAAGUGAUCAAAUGCAAAGCAGCUGUGCUGUGGGAGUUAAAGAAACCCUUUUCCAUUGAGGAGGUGGAGGUUGCACCCCCUAAGGCCCAUGAAGUUCGUAUUAAGAUGGUGGCCACAGGAAUCUGUCGUUCAGAUGACCAUGUGGUUAGUGGAACAAUUAUCACGCCUCUCCCUGCGAUCUUAGGCCAUGAGGCAGCUGGCAUUGUGGAAAGUGUUGGAGAAGGUGUGACGACAGUAAAACCAGGUGACAAAGUCAUUCCACUCUUUACUCCCCAGUGUGGAAAAUGCAAUGUUUGUAAACACCCAGAAGGCAACUUCUGCGUGAAAAACGAUCUGAAUAUGCCUCGGGGGACCAUGCAGGAUGGUACCAUCAGAUUCACCUGCAGAGGGAAGCCCAUUUACCAUUUCCUUGGCAUCAGCACCUUCUCCCAGUACACAGUGGUGGAUGAGAUCUCAGUGGCCAAGAUUGAUGAAGCCGCACCACUGGAGAAAGUCUGUCUCAUUGGCUGUGGAUUUUCUACUGGUUAUGGGUCUGCAGUCAAAGUUGCCAAGGUCACCCAGGGCUCCACCUGUGCCGUGUUUGGCCUUGGAGGAGUCGGUCUGUCUGUUAUCAUAGGUUGUAAAACAGCAGGAGCGUCCAGGAUUAUUGGGGUGGACAUCAACAAAGACAAAUUUGCAAAGGCCAAAGAGGUGGGUGCCACUGAGUGCAUCAGCCCUCAGGACUACAAGAAACCAAUCCAGGAGGUGCUAAAAGAGAUGAGUGAUGGCGGUGUGGAUUUUUCAUUUGAAGUCAUUGGGCGGCUUGACACCAUGGUGGCUGCCUUGUCCUGCUGCCAAGAGUCAUAUGGUGUAAGCGUCAUCGUAGGAGUAGCUCCUUAUUCUCAGAAUAUCUCUAUGAACCCCAUGUUGCUAUUGGGCGGACGUACCUGGAAAGGAGCAGUUUUUGGUGGCUUUAAGAGUAAAGAUUCUGUCCCUAAACUUGUGGCCGAUUUUAUGGCUAAGAAGUUCUCACUUGAUCCAUUAAUAACCCAUGUUUUGCCUCUUGAAAAAAUAAAUGAAGGAUUUGACCUGCUUCGCUCUGGAAAAAGCCUCCGCACCAUCCUGACAUUUUGAGACCAUACAAAUGCCUUCCUUUGGAGCAGGUCUUUUGGCUCCUGCACCUUCUGGAACCAUCAACCAAACAGCAUCAUUAACU